UGACUGUAUCGAUUAUGUGCAGGCUAUAAAUACAGAUGCGGCUCUAGCUAGCUUGUCCGUGACCCACCGGGAUGGAUACCUCCGAUUCUCAUAAAAUCGUAGCAAGCGAGAUAACGCCUCUGAUACCUGCCAGGGGCUCGAAGAAACCUAAAACGCUCCUUCCAAAACUUCAGAUAGGCAUUCUUAUAACGCUGCAAAUUGUGGAACCCAUGGCUUCGACAUCUAUAUCUCCGUACAUCAAUCAGUUAAUCAGAGAACUUGGAAUCACUGGGGGUGACGAUGCGGCUGUAGGUCAUUAUGCCGGACUGAUUGAAUCUCUGUUUUUCGUCGGACAAACACUGACGGUGCUGAGGUGGGCUCGGAAGCCGGUGUAAGUUAUCGGACUAUCAGGAAUUUGCAUUUCGAUGCUAUGUUUCGGUCUCUCGACGACCUUCUGUGGCCUUAUCAUUAGCCGCUGCAUGUGCGGUUUUCUGAAUGGCAAUGUUGUAGUAAUGAAAACCAUGAGGGAGAAUUGACGGACUCCACAAAUAUGGCUCAG